UUUACCUUAGCUUUGUUGACCUUUCCUGUUGACUUUUUCUAAAAAGCGCACUCAAAGAUAAAGACAUCAAAAUCAAAGGAAUCCAUUCUCAACGAUUGCAAUCUUUUGACUGGUCGACGUCAGCUUCGGGAAAGUUAUCUCAACCUUUAAGUUGAAGAUCAAGUGAUUGAUAAUUCUUAUCUAUCUAUCUAUCUAUCUAUCUAUCUAUCUAUCUAUCUAUCACUUGUAUCUAUUUGUAUUUUGCACAUUUCCAAUUCCGAAACUAGUAGCUUAAAGGAGGUUAAAGAAGUCACACAAAUUAAAUAAAUAAUGGCAACUCGCAAAAAGGGUGUGGAAUUCGUCAAACAUAUCACUGAACUCAUAGCCAAGUCCAAUGGUUUUGAAAGUCACCUUAAAAAGGUAAAAAUCCUGGAUGGGGGCGAUGGAACCUGCACUGCCGAAGUGAAAGUGGGCGCAGAACAUGUUAACUUUUACAAUUUCCUUCAUGGUGGCUAUAUAGUCACCUUGGUGAACACGAUUAGUACUUAUGCUUUGAUGUCAAAGCCCAGUCAUCCUGGUGUUUCGGUGGAUCUUAGUGUGAAUUACUUGACUGGCGCCAAAUUAGGCGACGAAAUUGUCGUAGAGGCACGUCUGUCCAAGGUUGGCAAGUACCUGGCCUUUAUUGACUGCACAGUCAAGCACAAAAAGGACGACUCGGUGAUUGCCAAGGCCACUCACCUCAAAUAUGUAAACUUGUAAUCAUAAAUGAGGCUUCAGAGAUAUGAUAUGGGAAACAUAUUGAAUUUAAAAUCAUAUAUGCCUAGAAAAAUGUUGAUAAUUUCGAUUCUUUUCCAGUUAUACUACAAAUAACUUUCCCAGAAAUUUCAAAAAUAAACU